GACAGUGAACAGCAUUCCCGCUCUGCGUGCCUGAAAACUGAGUUUACUCCACUCUGCAUGGCUGCAGUCUGCGGAUGACACAUGCGUGCCGAGGCAAACUUAAGCUGUGGAUGACAUUAACAGCUGAGGCAAGCAAAGUGGACAUCUUUUCUUAAAUCUUACUAAUCACAAAAUAAUUAAAGGAUUUUAGUAAAAGUACAGACUGAAGUAAGAAGACAUUAGUUUUUCUAUUUUUGCUGAUCUGGAUUUGCUCAGGAGUGGCUGACAUAAGGAGCAGGAGGGAAGAACCCAAUCCUUCCUAAUUGAGGAUUUACUCAACUGCUUGGAUUUUAACUUUUCAGUAGCCUAUAGCACUUUUUGGUUUAGUUUGGAUCUGCUUCAGCUCUUCUUUUCUCCGUUGCACCAUGAAGGGAUAAAUGAUCACCUCAACCAGAAGGGUGUCUCCUGAUAAAUCUGAAGUUAGAAUAGCCUUCAGCCUCGAUGACACAUCAGAUAUAAAAGAUGUGGAAGAUCUUUCACAGGCCUUCCCUGACCUUGAACAACGUUUACAGCCUGUGUUACCUUGCAUGUCCCUAAGAGAGAGUGUUCAGGUGUACAAAGAGCACUGCAGGAUGGCCAGAGAGUUCCAUCAUGUAAAACACGAGAUCUCUGUCCUCGAGGAACGCAAGCGAAAGUUGCUGGUGGAUUUGGUGGAAGAUGAGAAGGUAGCUGUAGAGAUUGCCCGUCUCGAGGAGGAGUUUCAGCGCUUAACGGAGGAGAACCACACAUUGAUGACCCUCCACAGUGAACGCAGGCAGCAGCUGGAGAGGCUUUGCCUCACCAAUCGAACAAGGCAAGACUCCUCUUGACCUCCGACUUCCCAGAAACUGAGUCUAUCAGACUUUCACCUGACACCAGACCAGUGGCCAGGAGACUGUUUUCAUGUGCAGUCUUUGAAUUGUCUAAUUACACUGACAGGACCUGUUUCUAUGGAUAAUCUGAGUCACUUAUGUGAACCUCAGAUGUAAGCUUGUCAUCACUGAGAAGUUGUUAGUAAUUCGUCAGCAAUGACAGAUUUUUAGUGUGCUGUUUUGUUGUUUGUUUUUUAUUUUAUUUGCUGAACCAUAAUGGUCAUAAUGACAGAACAAUGCAUUGCAAAAGUAUUUAUAUCAUGUGAACUUUUCUACAUUUAGUCACAUUAUAAUUGCAAAAUUCAAUGUAUUUUAUCUAAAAUUUAAGUGGUAGGCCAACCUAUUCGGCUUGCACUCAACCUAAUUCACUUUCAUAGCCCUAAAUAACAUGCAUUUGGCUUUAGGUGUCAAUCACAGUUAAUCUGUGUAAUGUGCUUCUUUAUUCAAUUGCUCUGAAUCAACUUUUGUUAAACCAUUUUUUGGUGCAGUUACAAUUGCAAGUUAUCUGGGUCUCUUUGGUAAAAUAUACUCAGCAUCUCCAAUCGAAAUAGUUCCUAUUGGAUCCCUGCUGGAUUCAGGUCUGCACUUUGACAAAGACCUUCUAAAACAUAACCAUGCUCUUAUCUAAACAGUUCCCUUUUUGCUUAGAUUGUAUGCUUAAGUUUUUUGCAGCAUCUAGUAUGAUCUGUUUUUUGUUUGCACUGUUUUGAAUUCUAAAGAAAACCCAUACAAAAGGAAGAUGCUGCCAGCACCCUGUUUCACAGUGGACAUGGUGUUUUGAGGUUGAUUUGUAUUUUAACCAUGCAGUGUACAUACAAUGUGUGUAAAAAGGUUCUACUACAGUCUCAUCUGACAAGAAGUGCUUCUUACACAAGUUUACUUUGCCCCCAAAUGACCUGGCAAACUUCAAUGUCUCUCUAAAAACAAUAGUUUUUUCCACUAUUCUAUAAGAGCUCAAUUUAUGGAAUGUACCACUAUUUUUUUUUUUUACAACAAAUUCUCCCAUUUUAGAUGUUUAUCUCUGAAGCUCAUCCAAAGUUAUCAUGGGCCUCUUAAGUGCUUCUCUCAGUACUCAUUCUGCCCAUCAUGUGGUGAGUUUGAGAUCUUGGUUGAUUGGUUGAAUAGCUUUAAGGUCAUAUAAUGCACUGGAUUUUUUGUGACUGACCUGAUUUUGCAAACCAAUUUCAGGUCUUGUGAAAAGUCAGAUGCUUCAUCUAAGGGAGCAAAAUGGACCAUUUUGGCUAUGAUCCAAAAUGUUAUCACAAAUUUCAGUGUUAGAAACUCUGUGAGGAAAAUGAAGGGAUGCAAGAAUAAAAAAUAAUCUAUUAGAAGUAUCUGCUGACAGAGUUGUAAAUUAUCAUUUACAUUUUGUGAUGAGUGGUGUAAGUGUAACAGUGUUAUCCUGUAAAUAGGAAAGUAAACAAUGUCUGUGUUUGUGUUGUUUUUUUUUCCCUCUGAUA